AUGGGAUUCGAUCUUGAAGCUGCACGCAUCACCGCUUUGCCUGAAGAUGCAUUCUAUAUAUCAGACUUCAUUACAGAGGAUGAAGAGGGUUGGUUACUCCAGAAGGUAAAAUCAGCGCCGCUGCCGCGCUGGACCCAGCUCUCGCACCGCAGGCUUCAAACAUGGCCAUCAGCCCUGACAAAGAGUAAUGCCCUUCUCGCAUCGCCCCUACCAGCUUGGCUUAGAUCUCCGAUCAUCGAGCCGCGGUUUGAGGCACUGGAUAUCUUCAACGAUGCGCCACACAAGGCGCCCAACCAUGUCCUAGUGAACGAGUAUCAGCCUGGACAAGGGAUCAUGCUGCACGAAGAUGGUGCUACCUACUAUCCCCUCGUUGCGACAGUGAGCCUAGGGGCACCGAUCGUGCUUGAUUUGUACCACAAACACAUCAAAGGCGACACACAAGCCAAAGGUGGAAGAAACGUUGCCGGGAUACCCGACAAAAAUCGAAAACCUCAAUACAGAAUCUUGCAGGAGAGACGGAGUCUGCUGAUCACGAGGGGUAAGAUGUACACAGAUCUUCUGCACGGAAUCGAGGAAACGACGAGCGAUGAGGAUCUGGGCCCCCACUCUAUCUGCAACUGGGAGCUCUUGCGGGAAAGGGAACCAUACCAGGGCGGGUGGUACGAGCGGAAGACGAGAACUAGCCUUACAUAUAGGGACGUGCUUCAGGUUGUGAAGGUGGGGAAUACCUUGAAGUUUUUAGGUGGGAAGUAA